AUGACGGUCCUGCAAAUGCCUUCUUACGCCAUCAAUCCCUUCAUUCAGCCUCCAUUUCUGCCACUGCGGUUACAACAAACACUCGGCAGGACAACAGUAUGGAAGAGCAUCGCAAACAUAAGCUUUCAAGGCGACACGUUCGAGCCCGAAGGCCUCGUCCGCUUGGGUCCAGAUCGCUACGUGAUCAGCUGUGGAGAGUAUACUGAGCACACACAAAAGUAUCCCCAUCCCAUCAAUGGCACAGAUCGGACACCGGGUAGAGGAUUCGCCCAUCUCAUGGUGUACAAUGGAAAAGGAGAGAGGAUCGCCGAUGCGACAAUCACAAAGGAAGGAGACGCAGAGUAUCAUAAUGGCGGGAUUGACUACGACGGACGCUGGAUCUGGGGCACCCUUGCUCAGUACCGCCCAAACAGCACCGCCAAUGUCUACAAAGCAGACCCGUACACCUUGAAGCCUCAAACGCUUUUGCGAUACAACGACCAUCUGGGCGCGAUUGUACACGAUACCACCGAGAACAGCAUCACUACGCUCAACUGGGGAAGCCGAAACGCAUCUACUUGGGCUCUCGGGGAUGGAGCGGCAGCCGAUUGCUCUCCGCGACAGCCCGUGACUACGGUCCGCAACCCGAGCUACUUUGUCGACUACCAGGACUGCAAAUGGCUCGGCCGAAGCGAUCUCUACCACGGCGCAAGCGUAAUGCUUUGCUCCGGAGUGGCUUCUCUUGACGACGGAUACAGCCUGGGCGGGCUCGCUUUGGUCGAUGCCGAGUCGAUGCAGCCUUUGGCUGAAGUGCCGAUUAUGCUCAAGAGUCUUCGUGGAGUCCGAAUGACGCAGAACCCGGUCGAUUCGAGUGUGGAAGAUGGGAAACUACGAGUCUACUGGCUUCCGGAUCAGAGAAACAGCACAUUCUAUGUGUAUGAGGCACAGCCUGAGAGUCCUUUUGAGUAUGGCGGAGGACCGAUUAGCCCUACCUGA